CUAGAUGUAAAUGACAACGCUCCCAUCUUCACAGAGGAACGGUAUACUGUGCAGGUUUUGGAAAACACACGGGAGGGUUCUGUGGUUCUCAGGGUGAUGGCAACUGAUCAGGAUGUGGGUGUCAAUGGAGAUAUCACCUAUCAGUUCAGUGAAGUGGAUGACCGGAGCCAUGCAACAUUUGCAGUUGACACCACGGAUGGGGUAAUUAGACUCGCAAAGCCUCUGGACUUUGAGGCGACAAAGAUUCACGAGCUCAGUGUGCAGGCUACAGAUGGUGGGGGCCUCUCAGCAAUCUGCAAGGUGUUGGUGGAGGUGGUGGAUGUGAAUGACAAUGCCCCGGAGGUGGUGGUCAGUUCCUUCACCAGCCCCCUCCCCGAGAACGCAUUACCUGGGACAGUGGUUGCCCUCUUUACUGUCAGGGACCGGGAUUCUGGUGCCAAUGGGAAGGUCUCCUGUGCCCUUGGGGACCAGCUGUCAUUCUCCCUGCGGCCGGCCUACAAGAAUUACUAUGAACUGGUGACCAUGAGCACUCUGGACAGGGAGGAGACUGCGCGAUACAUCCUCAGUGUCACAGCAGCAGACGCAGGGUCACCUCCUCUCACAACCACCCAGACCUUCACAGUGGAUAUCUCCGAUGUCAAUGACAAUGCUCCCAUCUUCAACGAGUCAUCGUACACCAUGUACGUGCGUGAGAACAAUGUGCCCACAGUGCUCGUUGGAGCUGUCAGAGCUGUGGAUGCUGACGUGGGUCCCAAUGCCAAGGUGACAUAUUUCCUGUGACC